CGCCCAGAAUAGAAUAAGAAAAUGAUGUUGCAGAGAAUAGAGAUGUGCUUGGAGCUUCUGAAAUUGGCCGUAAAGUUUGUCAUAGUGGUGGCGGAGGCGGUAGGGUUAGUCAUUCAGCAAAACUCAACGAUGUCCCUGCUGCCAGGAAACCAAUCCCUUUCUGCUCUCCCGUAUGUUGGAUUUUUUCCGUAGAGUUCAAUCAUCAAUUAUAUACCCUUCUCCAGGUUCUUCUUUUGUUCUUCUUUGUAGAUGUGUUUUUGAAAUAUGAUUAAUUUUGUUUUGGUGAUUUUUAGUUAAUAAUGUGAAGGUUAAUUCCUUCUCUUCAAAUUGCAAUUUUUCUUGAUAAUAGUAUGAACAUGUUCUUCUCAUAAUUUGUGGAACAACUCAACUGCCCACUUGGAUAUUUAUGAAUUAGAGUUUAAGAUUUUUUUUUUC